UGCUAGAGAAGGCGUGACGUACGUACGUCGUUACCAAGAGAAGGCGUGUUGUCAUAGCAACAGAGAAACAGCGCGUAGCCUGUAUAGAACGCAUUGGGAAGGCAGCGGAUUGAGUAGGAAUGGAAAUUCAUUAUGAUGGUAAUAGCCCAAUCACAGGACAAGCUCACUUUUAUGAGCCAUGGUUGGACUCAUGUGCCAGUGAAACUUUGCUACCUGAAUAUCCAUGGCAUCAGGUCUCAGACAAAAUUGGAAAAACGCUGGCAACACAAGUGAAGCCAUUUCUUCAAGAUCUCAACAAAAGGCAAAUAAUAUUCAAGUUGCUUGGGCGAGACUUUGUUCUAAAAUAUUUCAGUGAAUAUUCCUAUGUUCCAAGUCUACUGAGCCCUCCAAACAUUAGUGAUGCAGCAAGUGCAAAAAUGGAGAAACAUGCAAAGGCAUGGCUUUGGGAUCAGUGUACAAAGGCAGCAGAACAUACAGGGUGCCUAUUUACAGAUGAUAACUCUACAGAACUUUCUAAAGAAAUGACCCAGUUUGUGAAUCAUACUUACAGUCUUGUUGAAAAAGCAAUGGACAUGUUUCUUGCUAAACAUGAAGAUAAAAAAAAGGAAGAAAGUUUAGAAACAAAUGACGCAUCAUGGAACUGGAAAGGAGUUUAUUGUAAGCGUCGCAAAUCUGUUGAAAGUAAAGACCUCCAUUUUACUCUAAACAGACAAGCUGCCUUCCAGGUUAAAGAAAAUAAUGCCAGUAAUGAUCUAGAGGUUUUAUCACCUCCCUUAAACUCUUCUGUAAGUGAUGCACUGGGAGGUGCAGUCUGUUCUAUAAUAGGGAGAGACUCAGAGAGCGUGGCAUUGGCGUGCAACCGCCUAACUGGAAAGCUAUUGCCAAAAACACUACGUCGGUUCAUCUGGAUGCACAAGCUACUGAAAUCUGAAAACAUGAACAGCAAUGGAGGACUUAAAAAUAUUGAGAAGGAGGCACGGGAGAAGUAUGGUAGGAUACUGGAACAUAAACUUACAGAGUUAAAACUCAGAACUGCUACACGGUCUCCAAUAUCAGGUCUUAUAGAAAAUGCAGUGGUCGAGAAAUAUGAAAACACUGCAAGCAUGCAUCAAUUUUCAAUGGAUGAACAAAUGAUUUUAGAAUCUAGCAAGUCAUUAAAUGUGCUGUAUGUUUAUAAUUGUACAUAUGAGCCUUACCAUAUCCAUUGGCUAUUUCCGUUACAAAUGGCAUUCAAGCAAACCUCAACUACAGCGGAGCAUCCAUAUGAAUUAUUUAUGUACUUGCAUCUCCUUAUUAAAAACAUAUUCCCCUCAUGGCUGGAGAUUUUUGCAAUGGCUGAACGAGUCAUGAAUGUUCUUAAAAAAGAGGAUAAGGAGUUGUUUGCUCAUCUUCAGGACAGUUUCCGAAGGAAUGUAACUUUCAACCCAAAAGACUUUUUGGUGGAGCUAAUAUCUCGAGAAAGAGAAGAAGCACUAAAGCUAUAUGCAGAGACUGAGGAACUCUAUCAUUAUUCAUCAUUACCAGAGGAACUGCUAGCAAGCCCAGUUAUCUUCCUUAGAAAAUGGAUGGGUGAGGGCUUUGUGAACUCAGUGGACUUACCCACAUUAUUGCUGAUAUGGGAUCAACUAUUCAUGCAGGACUGGAAUCGCAAAGUCAUGGAGAAUUUCUGCCUAGCCAUUCUUUUGCUACUGAAAGAUUCAUUUAUGACUGCAAAGGACUAUCCAGCAGUUAGAAAGGUUUUUUUGAGUGGGGGAUAUCGCCUAUUUACCUUUGAUAUUCAGAGAGCAUGGAUUCAUUUGCAGCAAGGUGGAUUAUCUGCAGAUAUCCCAGGGAUGAAUCAUCUCAAUGCAAGGCAAUUGCAUGAUUUGUCUCCAAGGCAUCAAGCAGAAAUGAUUAGGAACAUCUUGCCAAUAGGUGUAAAAGAUAUAAUACUAAAUUUGACAUUCCCAUUACAGAAUGCUGAUUUGGCUUCAAAUACUUGGGAUAAAGACUUUGAUCCUAAUGCUGUGAAGCUGACAGCAUCUAUAUUUUAUGGUCAUAUAAAGCUUCGUUCCAAAACCACCUCUGUGAAGCCCAGUCUGCUGCAAAAAGUCACACAAAAUAAAGAAACUAAAAAGGACAUGGCUUCUUUCAUUAUAAAGUUUAAGGAUCUGUUCAACUUUGAGUCUCUGGAUCCAUCAGACUAUAUGGAUAAUACAAAUGGAAGUGCACAGCCAUAUAUUUUAUUAAAGGCAGUUUACAGUAGUGGAGAAAGAGAUCCAUUUACACUUGGAUGGGUAAAAAUUAAUGCAUUUGAACAGGAAGAUAGCAGCACUCAAGAAAUUUGGCUACCUAGAGAAUUUUCAAAUGUUUUCUUACUGCAUUCUGAGAGAUAUUCUUUUGAUGAGAGUACUCCAGUUUCCAACACAUCAGGAUCUAAUGACUCCUCAAUUGAAUUUACUAUAUAUGAUCCUGCAAAAGAAAUCCAAAGUUUAAAGAAUACCACAAGUAGAGGAAAAAGCAGAGAUGAAGAAGAACAUAUAUUAUCAAUUAUUCCAUUCUGGGUUCCACAUAAUGUAUCAACUAUAUUGCCUCCUCCUACUACUGUACAGCAGUCGUUUGAUUUAUAUAUAGAUGCUCUACAUUAUGUCCCUGACAAUGCUACAAUAACAAAGGUGUCUGGAAAAAUUCUAAAUUCUGGAAAAAAAACUAUGUCGCCAAUUGUUGCGCUUUCAGAUUUAAAUAGUUAUUGGAGAAAUCCGGAAUUCCAUUUCUGUCUGCCGGUUAAUACUAAGGGUGAAAAGCUUAAUAUUGCCUCUACUGUUCUAUUUGAAGUGUCAACUGUGGAUUUAGACUCAAAAGCUUUGGCAGUAAUUGGAUACUGUAUGCUGCGUGUGUUUAACAAUGAAGGGAAGCUCAAUGUUGGGGGAUUUCAACUAAAACUACGAAACAGUGUGCCUUCCAAGCAACUUUCUUCACUCAGUCCAUCAGCUUUCAAUCAGUAUACAGUUUUUCCCUGUUGUUCCCUGUUGAUUCGACUUCUACCACAUACUGAGCAUCCAGUGCCUGCUCCCAGGUAUUCUGAAGGCUACUAUUUCACAGAGGAAGCACAGCCUGGAAGGUCAGAACUGGCCAUAAUGUCCACUUUCCAAAAGGAUGCUAAUGUUCCAAAACUUGUGAAAGACAUGGUAGCACAUUUAAUGGAGAGAGAUCAGAGCCAAGUUGCAGAAGCUCAACUCAAAGACUGGUACAAACGAAGAGUCGAUGCUGAAAAAUCUUCUUUGCAAAAAGCAUCCUUGAAUUACAUAAACAUUCACAAUGCAGCAAGAUAUCGCCAAGAAAUUGGAAUAUGUAUCAAAAUAAGACAAGCUUUUGGACUUGGAGUUGAGGGUCUCUACAUCAAUGCCUUUGCAAGAGUUUUGAAGGGUGAUCAGAGCUUACAUUUACCACAGUUGACACAAAAUUGGGGCGGAGAGGAAAAAUUUCUGACACGUUUACAUGAUUUUACAAGCCUUCAGGCAUCACCCAGGUGGAAAGAUUCAGCAGUGGUUCUGCAUCCUUAUCUUGACAAUCACAGUGCCCUUCUUGUUCAAAUAUUUGGUAUGGAUGCUGUGUAUGUCCCCAAUACGAUAAGUGGACAACGGGGACAUAUUGUAGCCCGGAAUGGACAGGAUGUUGAACAGAAUGUUGAACUUGAACCAUUAAUUGGAUGGACUGUUUUCCCAAUGUUUAAUGGACAUUAUAUAAGAAGCGGUAUUCACAGUUCUCCUCUUUUUGAAGGUCAGCCAAACGCUGAAUUUCUUCAGCUAUUAUCUACACAUCCAGUGAAAACAGCAAUGGAACAGGGCUUAAAGAAGAAGAAUUUAAAACUCCUUCCAGGUUAUGGAUGUGUUACAGUAGAACUUUGGGAUGGACAUUACACUGAUGAUAAACAUUUUGCUUUACCCAUUAUGAACGACCUCUUGACUGUUGGAAAUGUUAAAAAAUUCCUGGCCACCCAGACUAGCAAGAAAGGGAAAGCCAUGUCUCUGCUGGCUUUGAAAAGCUUUGACAACAAGAAGCAGAAGCUGCAGCAGAAUAGCCAAGAAUAUCAGCAGCAUCAACAAUUUUAUGAAGAAGCAAUGGCCGAUAAAUUUUAUGAUCUUAUUGAGAUGGCCCUGCUGAAUGCUGGAUAUGGGCCGUUAUAAGCCAUCUGUUAAUGUUCUGCGGCAGUAGCUGGAAGACAAACCAGAGACCUAUUUUUUUUGUGAAAGCUGCUUCUCUUCAGAGGGAAAAAAAGCAAAAUGUAUUAGUAGUCUUAUUCACGGGAACUAUGCAUGACUGGGCAACCUGCAGCCUUCCAGGCUCUACUACAAUACCCAGCACCCUGACAGUUUUUGGCUCCUAGCAGGAUUCUAAAAUUUGCAGGAUGACAAUGCCUGAUUUAUAUGGUCGUAAUUGUUUGUUUGCCAUAUACAGUAUAUAAUAAGAUGUACAGAAUAAAGGAAAAACAAGAA